AAACAACUAAUUUGGACAGAGUCAGCAUCCUGAUUGAAGCCACAUCCUCCUCUUCGUGAACACAUGGCACACCACACCGUACGACACCCAGACUGUCUCUUCUCCAGACCUGGAUUGAUGACUGACAACUUCUUGAAACCACGUAGAAGAGGUGUUUCCAGGCCAGUGAGUGAGAUCUGCUGCGCUGUUGGGCAACUAAUUGAAGCUGAUCAACUUCGGACAAACAUUCAGUGGCUCCAUGUGAUUUCAGUGCUUCUGUACAGCAGGAGUUUCCAUCUGUUGAGUAACCAGUUCCUGUAACCUGCAGAUGGGUUCUGCGUCUGCACCUGCAAGCAUGGCCGUCUUAACCAACAGCACAUGUGACACCCUGUAUGACCAUAGGAAAUACGCCCAGGUCCUCUUACCUAUUUUCUACUGUGUUGUUUUCAUCAUUGGGUUGCUUGGCAACACCCUUGCCCUCCAUGUUAUCCAGAUAAACCUGAAGAAAAUGAACUCCACCACAUUGUACUCGCUCAACCUAGUCAUCUCUGAUAUCCUCUUCACUCUCUCUUUGCCUCUGAGGAUCAUAUACUACGCUCAGGGUUUCCACUGGUCUCUAGGUGAGGCACUCUGUAAGAUAUCAGGCUUUUUGUUCUACAUCAACACCUACGCGGGGGUCAACUUCAUGACUUGCCUCAGUGUGGACCGCUUCAUCGCUGUGGUCUUGCCUCUUCGCUUUGCUAAAUUCAGGAAAGUCAGUAACGUCCGCUACAUCUGCCUUGGCGUGUGGAUGUUGGUUCUGGUGCAGACCCUGCCCCUACUUGGAAUGGAGAUGACAAAUAGGGAGCCUCAAAACUUCACCACCUGUAUGGAAUACCCCAACUUUGAAAAGGUGGAUAAUAUUGCAACCAUCCUGAUUGGCGCAGUCUUUUUGGGCUUUUUCAUCCCUGUGGUCACCAUACUGGUCUGCUACUCCUUCCUAACCUCUAAGCUGCAUUUUGCAGCCAAGAACAACCACCUGACAGAAAAAUACGGCCGCAGUCGCAAGGCCAUCGGCGUGAUCUGCUGCGUGUCUGUGGUGUUCGUCAUCUGCUACAGCCCCUACCACAUUGACAUCUUUCAGUACAUGAUCCGCAAGCUGGUGUCCGACCCUGACUGUGCGGACCUCACGGCCUUUCAAGUGUCGCUGCACAUCACAGUCUGUCUGAUGAACUUAAACUCCUGCUUGGAUCCGUUCAUUUACUUCUUCGCCUGCAAGGGAUACAAAAGGAAACUCCUGAAGCUGAUGAAGAGGCAGGUCAGCAUUUCCUUUUCCAGUGCAGUCAGGACGUCACCCGAAGGUUCCUCAAAGGACUUUAUCGACGGGCACAAGAUGCAGCACAACAGCGAGAGGCUCACGGAAUGGAAAUUGCAUGAGCAAGACCAAAGUACGGAACCGAGGCAAAGCGAAAGGACAUACAGAAUCUCUUUGAACAUGAACAGUACCUAAAAUAAACCACUGAUGGACAACAGGAGGCAUCCGGACCAACGUGAGGCACAUUCUUUUGUACAUUUUUCAAGAACAAUUACUGUGUUAAUUUAAAACAGAAUGUAAGAUAUUGCUCAUUACUUAAACCAGCAUACAUAUUUUUGUAACUAUGUAAAGACAGGAGGUCACCCCCCUCCCUUCGAUAAAAUCUAAGUAGGGUGGAGUGAGUAUGAAAUCUACUGUAUCUAUACUGUGUUUUUCUAUGAAAUUAGGGAUAAAUUUGACAAUAAAAUAAAUCCUGACACUGCAACCCAAAAUCACAGUAGACCUUAACCCCCACAGUGAUUAUUUGAAUAAUAAUAUGUAAUGUUAGUAAUAAACUUUCUUUAGAAAGAGACAAAGAGACAACAGCUCCAACAUAAAUGUCACCAAUUGAUGCUCUGUACCAGAGCACACCAUAAGCUAAUUUGCAUCUGUAGUCUCUUGAACAAAAUCGAUAAAGCCACGGAGCUCUAAUCUACUUUCCACUUCGGAAAUAUCUGUUCGGUUUCUUGUUAGCGCAAGUAGCGAACCAGCCAAUCAGCGACUGAGGACAAUUUCAUAUCUAAAUGCAGUGAAAACACUCAAACCAAGCAGCAGAACAGGAAAGAAAACCAUAUGUCAGUUACUUUGAAUGUGGCAUGGUUUUGGUGUGAGACUGGCUCAUCUGGGUAUUUUCAGAAACUACUGAUCUAAUGGGAUUUUCACUCACAGGGCUCUCUCUCUCUCUUUGUGUGGUUCACAGAAAUUAAGACAAAAACAAACCAGUGAGAGGCUGUUUUGUGGGUGGAAGUGGGGUGUUGAUGUCAGAGGAAAAUGGCAGACUGGUUUAAGACAUAAGGAAAGCAAACAGCAGCUCAGAUAAUCACUCAUGAGUGGAAAUUUGCUCUGAAUGCCAACAUGCUAUGGAAAACCCCACCGGGUGCCACUCCUCGCAGCUACGAACAGGAAGGUAAAGCCACAAUUUUAAAAAAAAAACUUAGCCAACAUUGAGAUUUUUGGAUCCUCAGAGGUAGAUUUUUGGCAACAAAAUCAUGACACCAUGGAUCAACAAAUGUAUUUGUAUUAUGAUCAUUGCCUAAAUGCUACAGUGCACUCAAGUAUACUGUUGCUGACUAUGUCCAUUCCUCUAUGACCAACCUGUACCCAUGGUGCUCGAUCCAUGUCACAAAGCUCAGAUCAUCUCAAAGUUUCUUGAACUUUGAGAUGAAAAUGUCUUCACUGCAAUCCAGUCGUCUCCAUAGUAACCAGAUUGCAAACCAAAAGGGCACCGUUAGAAUGUGGUGGAAUAUUUGCAUAAUGGAUGCCGUCAUGCUAAUACGGACCAAAAUAUGUGAGACUUGUUGAAUCUAUGCCACAUAGAAGAAGGGCAGUUUUGAAGGCAAAGGGGAUCCAACUCAGUUCAUUGUACCUAAAAAUGUGGCAAGUUUCGUUAAGACCGUCACACAGAAAAUCUUCUUACUGGAGUUUCAGGUCCGUUUACACCCAAAACCCAAUAAUUUAACAUUUUGAAAACCAAUUUCAUUCAUACUACCUUGUAAAACAGUAGAUACUGAAUCAUUUGUUUUCUCUCUGUAAAACUUGUAAACAGUCUUUAACUUGUAAAUAUAUCUUUCUUCCUUUUUUUAUUUUUGUAAGUUUUCAGCAAAGACUCUGCUGGCAUUCAUCCAUGUUCUAUUCCUACUUGAAAAUAAACUGUUUGCUACUUUAACUGGUUCAGAAAAGUGACAUUUUGUUUACUUACCAAUGAUUAUCUAGAAGUUUUGUGUUCCCAGUCCUUCUUAAAGCAGAAGACAAAACCCUUCGGGCUAACCCUGCAUACAUGCAGAGAACAAGCCCUAAUAAGUUUUGAAGAAUUAGCUAUAUUGUUGUUGUCUCUGCCUUGUAUAGCUGAGAGGAGAAUGAAGGGUAUACAUGGCAAUGCAUAAAAAUAUGAAGUAUUGGAAAAACAAAUUGUAAUUCUGAUUUUUGUAACUGAUGCGCUCAGACAAUGUUUUUCUUCUCUGUUCCCGAUGGCCACUAAUCAUCAGGUGCAUAGAGCUUAGUUCAUUUGGACAGCUAAUGCAUUUUAUUUGAACUAAAUAUUAUUUUUUUAAAUCCUCUUUUUUGCUUGACCCUCACAGUCAUCACCGUAAAUGUCUCAGAUUAUUACUUGUUCUUACCAAAUCAUUAACUGAUAAGGAUUCUUCUGAGAUGGUUCCUCCGAGCAGCAACAUGUUGCUUCCUCAAGCAUUUAGUUUUCUUUUUGUUUUGUUUUUUUGUUUUUGUUUUUUUGUUUUUUUGUUUUUUCAGACUGUAACAUUUUGAUGGCCUGGAUUAAUAAAACAAUGAUUUCACAGAGGACUGUAGCGUGUUCUCCAAGAACACCUGAAAAACCAAGCAAGAGAUAUUUGUUAUUUAAGUAAAAAAUGUUCUGUUUUAUCUGUUUUAUUGUUUUAUACAAAAAUAAAAUGUUGUGUCGCCUUGUAGUAAUCUGUAUAGAUAAUGUUUACAGGCUAUCUUAGUGUUAUAUUUGAUUAUUACUGAAAUAAAGGGAAGUUAUCUUAAAGUGC